UUACUAGUGCCACGUGUAUUGUUUAAUGGAAGAAUGUCUAUGGUUUGUGGUUACCACAUUUAUAAAGACAUUUGGAGCCCAUCAGUUGGAGAAGAACUGCCCUUCUGUGUCGAGCCUGAUGAUGCUACUGUUGCUACAGAUCGCUAUGCUGUGGCUGUAGUGGAAAAGGGCAAUCAUGAGUUAAUAACAAUGAAUCAAAUGUAUGGUUUUGAAGGAGAAGUGAAGAAAAAAUACAAUGGUAAAAUGGCUGAUUUAUUUACUGAGGUCUUUAACUGGUUACCAUUAGCACAUGUCAUUGACAAUAAAGUCUUGGUUAUACAUGGGGGGCCUGUUCAGUUUGAGUUAUGGUCCAAUCCUCAGGACAUGCCUGGUAGGGGGCCCAGUAAAAGGGGUGUGGCUCUACAGUUUGGACCGGAUGUCACUGAUAGGUUUUGCCAGAAGAAUGGAUUGGAUAUGAUUGUAAGGAGUCACGAGGUAAAGGAGGAAGGUUAUGAAGUGGCACACAAUGGGAAGUGUAUCACAGUCUUCUCUGCACCUAAUUAUUGUGAUCAGAUGGGUAAUAAAGGUGCUUUCAUUGUUCUUGACAAAUCU